AUGCCUCGCGCGCAAACACAAUCGCGGGCGCCGAAAGACCGCGGUGCGCGGAAGCCACCACCUCAGAGGGGCCCAAAGGGCCGCGGACUUGACGCUCUUUCUCGCGCAGAGGAACAGAUUCCUACCAAAUUGGGUGUACGACGCAACCGUCUCGGUGACUACGACGAUGGAACAUGGCGGAAGAGGCCCACAGGCGACGAGGACGACGAGGACGAAGACAACGAGGAACGCCCGAUCUACAAGCGCCGCCGAACUGAUGCAUCGGACGAAGGUGGCAGCGAUAGUGAAGGCCACCAAUGGAAGCUUGGACAAGUCGACAGUGAUGACGAUGAAUCUCUGGACAGUGACGAAGCGAUGGGAUCAAGUGACGAGGAGCGUUUUGAGGGUUUCACAUUCCGCGGAAGCUCUUCGAAUAAAUCCAAGCCCAAAGCAAAGAAAACCGACAAGAAGAAGCGGUCGGAGAUCAGUCUGUCCGAGGACGUCGACGAGUCUCAAGAGGAGGGGGACGAUGAAGACGAUGAGGAUGAUGAAGAUGGCAUUGAUCUGCUUACCGCCUGGGACAUGAACACCGCAGCCGAGGAGAAGGCCGCCCAAAAAGCCGAAGAGAAGGCAAGGAGGGCUGCAGAUGGCGAGGAUAGCGACGAGGAUUCAGGCUCGGAAGGCGACAGUGAGGAUGACCCCAGUGACGACGACACCGAUCUGUCCCUCUCAGACGACGAUGCGGACGAUCAGAAAAAUGGUUUGUCCAAGCUUCAGGACUUUGUCAAGUCUAUGCAGGCAGACGGAUCUAGAAAACCCAAGCAAAGAUCGCAAGAACAGGGCACGCCCACCGAAUACGGAUUGACAUCCUCUCGCAAAUUGACUGUCGCCGAUCUGCUUCCUUCCAUUACGGACUCCCGCCUGAAGAGCUCCCUCAAGCACGUCGAUGCCGCUCCGCAAGCAACAAAGUCAGGCAUUCUGGGCAAGCUGGACGCACCUUUGGCAAAGCGCCAACAGGAUAAGCUCGACCGUGCCGCCGCUUACGAGAAGAGCAAAGAAACUCUUGAUCGAUGGCUUGAGACGGUCAAGGCCAACCGCAAGGCCGAGCACCUCAUCUUCCCUCUUCCCGAUCCCGAUGCGCAACAGUUCCAUCGUCUAGAUGUGGCUAAGCCCAAGACCGAUUUGGAGACUACCAUUCAAGAGAUUCUGGUUGAGAGUGGAUUGGCCGAGGCCAACGGCAAGUCCACCGAAGAUCAGCUUCAAGGCUUUGAAGAGCUCAAGGCCCGCACUCUGCCUAUCGAAGAAAUCCAGGCUCGGCGGGCAGAGCUCAGAAAGAGACGUGACCUGCUCUUCCGAGAGGAGGUUCGUGCGAAGCGGAUCAAGAAAAUCAAGAGCAAGUCUUACCGUCGUGUUCACCGUAAGGAGCGUGAAAGACUGGAGCAGCAAGAGCGCCAGGCUCUCCUCGAAGCUGGUGUCGAUCUCGACGAGGCGGAGCGGGAUGAGAACGAGCGAAAGAGAGCUGAGGCACGCAUGGGUUCCAAGCACCGCGACAGCAAGUGGGCCAAGAGCAACAAGCAGACUGGUCGUACUGCGUGGGAUGAGGAAGCCCGGAACAGCGCCGCUGAUCAAGCUAUGAGAGAAGAGGAGCUGCGGAAGCGCAUCGAAGGAAAGCGUGUCUCUCGUGGAGACGAAGAUUACCUGGGUUCGUCAAGCUCGGAGUCUGAGGAUGAGGAUCCAUGGGCAUCGGAUGCUGAGGACCGCGAGAAGCGUAAGCUGCGCGAGAAGCUCGCGGCUCUGGAAGGCGAGGCUCCCGACGAGGAAAUCAAGGGCCCUCAUUCUGCUCUUUUCUCCAUGAAGUUUAUGAAAAACGCAGAAGCCGCUCGCAAAGAAGAGAAUGACGCCGAGCUUCGUCGACUCAAUCGUGAACUCCAUGGCGAAGAGUCGGAGUCUGAGGCUGAGUCGGAGACAGGACGACGCAAGUUCGGUCAGUCCGACAAGGCAGAAGCCAAGUCCCAGGCGAAAGCUCUUCCCAAGGACGUCCUUGAAGACGCAAUUGACUCGGACGACGAUGCCCGCCGGCCUGAACAGGAUGUUGAUAUCAUUGUCGACCGUCCCGGAAAGCAGAAGUUUGCUACUACAUCUGCCCCAAAGACCAUUUCUCGAUCAACACAGAAGAUGUUCAGCCAAGAAACUGAGCCAUCGGCUGAAGAAGAAAACCCCUGGCUCGUGCAAACCGAACGCACCAAUCGCCGACGCACCGGUACGGAUGCUCAGGAGACGAUUGACAUUUCUCUCGAUGCCCAACAACCCCAGGUCUCCCAGGCCAACGCUCCCAAGAAGGGCAAAGCCGUCAAAGCAGUGCCUUCCCAGCAGCGUGACGAAGGAAAUGACAGUGACGACGACAAUGUUCCUGUUCUGUUGAAGAACCACGAUCUCGUGAAGCGAGCGUUCGCCGGCGAUGAGGUGGUGCAAGACUUUGAGCAGGAGAAGAUGGACACCAUUGCAGAUGAGGGCGACAAGGUUGUGGACAACACGCUUGAAGGAUGGGGCAGCUGGGCCGGUGAUGGUAUCAGCAACAGGGAGAAGAAGAGGCAAAAGCGCAACCUCACCACGGUGGAGGGCGUGAAGCCGGAGAAGCGCAAGGAUGCUAAGCUGUCUCGUGUCAUCAUCAACGAGAAGCGUAUUCAAAAGAACAAAAAGUACAUGGCUAGCCAGUUGCCUCAUGAGUUUGAGACCAAGGCGCAAUACGAGCGGUCGCUGCGCAUGCCUAUCGGUCCUGAGUGGUCUACUAAGGAGACCUACCAGACCAGCACCAAGCCUCGCGUGAUGAUCAAGCAGGGUAUCAUCAAGCCCCUGGAGAAGCCUACUGUCUAA